CUUUACAGGUGGAAAGAUGUUUUUAGAAUCGAGUGUGUUUUUGUUGUGUUGCAAGCUGUGUUACACGACUAUGAGACGAACAUAAAAUCCUGUCGUCUUUAUGUGUCAGAAAUAUACUUUUGUGUAUUUAUUAUUGUAUUCAGUAGAGUUUCAGGUGACUGGAACACAGUUUCAAGUUAGGAGUGCAAAAAUAAUAUUGUUUUGUAUAGGAUGAUAUCGGGCAUGUUGAUCACUCACUCAUUGAUGUGUUUUUAAAAUUGAGUUCCGAAGUCCUUUUAACUUUAAUUAAGUGGAUACAAUGACUUUUUUGUGUGGUUCAGUUAGAUUUCUUGUCCAGUAGAAUGGACACAGAUGAGUCUACGGAUACAUUUCCUGAUGCCAUGGACGGAUCUAGUCACCCGGCUGGCGAGGGUGAAGAAGGUGCCCGAACCGAGUCCAACGAGAACGUCUGUGUCGCAAUUGUAAACAAUGAGGCGGAGGGGGCAGGGCCAACGCACAUGGCUCAGCUGUGGUCUGAGGUCAGUGAAAAUGGCACUGCUACCGAUGCAGAUGAUCGUCCAAAUGAGCAUUCAGAAACCAUGGCAACUGACCCUGGAGAUGAAACGCCAGAGUCACCAAAGUCUUCGCAAGAGGAGGAUAAGAAAGAGAUUGUCAGUAUUCCCUUCAAUAUUGAGUCUCUCGUCUAUGAACUUCAAGUAGGAUAUCGCAUCCUAUGCAAUCUGAUGUCCACUGGCUGUAGGUUUGUCAACAAAUUGUUUUUGACCCGUGUGGAUGCCAACUUCCCAGAGACUGCUGAUUAUUAUAAAAAGAUCAAGAAUCCAAUGUGGAUGGGCAAAAUGAAAGAGAAAUUCGAGACGCAUCAGUAUGGGGACGUGACAGAGUUCAUGAGUGAUUUUCGUCUCAUGAUUGAAAACUGCUAUCGUUUCAACGGCCCGGAUAACUUUGUGUCCAAAAAGGCACAGAAGCUAGAGACGAUGAUGAAGCAGAAGGUGGCUCUCUUGUCCAAAGGUCUUAGAGACAAGAUCUUGGGAGCUGCCAAGCCAAAUCCUGAAGAAGACAUGCUUGCUACAGCCGGUGUACGUCGGAGAGUGAAAAAUCCGAAUGCCAGUCAAGAGGAUCCUUCUCAGCAGCUUCUGUCACAGCUGAGGCGGGAUAAGGUCUUGCAGGAACGAGAGGAUCGCCGCCAGAAAGUGGAAGACAGGAAAGCUAUGGAGCAGGCACGUCUUCAGGAACUUCAAGACUGGGAGGAUGGGCUCCUUGGACCGGAGGUGAAGAAGCAAAUACGGACCAUGUGGGAGCUGCCGCAGCUGGGCAUGUUUGUGUACAUGUGCAUGGAGAGCCUGGGGCUGGAGGAGGAGGUGACCCAAUACCAGCUGGAGCGGGGGCUGGCCGCGCCCAGGGAGUGCUCCGACUUCCGUCGCCUCAUGACCUGUCUCCUGUCCACGCCGCACCAGAGGAAGAGCUUGAAGAGCUUCAUGCCGUACCAGGUGUGGAACAAGAAGCUCUCCGUCAAGCUGGACUACUUUUACAAGAUUCUUGCCGACAAGGGAGGCAAUCAGCAACAGGCCUGCUACAAGUUAGGCCUUGAUACAAGAGCCUUUAUGAUACUGGGAAAAACCAAUCCCUUGGUAAAGAAGCAUUUCCAUCAGCUCUCGUUUGUGCGGAGAGUUUGGAUCCUGAAAAGCUACUGUGAUUUUUGCCUGGAAACUCAGCCUUACCUUCAGAAGGCCAUCGAAGAGGUGGAGGCGGUGCGGCCCAACGACGUGAGAGAGGUCCUCCUGGGGUCGGACGUCCGCGGGUAUCGCUACAUCAACUUCCCGAUGUUCACGGGCAAGGACAUUAGGAUUUAUCGGCACUCCAAGCACUCGGAGCCGACCCUCAAGUCCCUCAAUUUGGAAGACUGGACUGUGGUGCCUGAGAAGCCUUCGGCGUCUUCCUCCCGCUGUUCCACUCCAGUGAAUCCACGGGCAAACCGCGGUUAUGACGGCUCCACCUCCCUUAGAGCUCGCGCUAUUCUACAGGCAGCUGAAUCCAAAGAAGCGUCUCCGAUGAGAGACGUGUCAAGGUCGGGGUCGGAGGCCCCUCCGGACCUUUCUACCGAGGCAGCAGAGUCGGCCGGCCAGAACGGCAGACACAAACAGCAAAGCGCUAAGAAGCGAAAGCGCUCUAAUUUCUACGGGGGCAAACGCAGGCGUUUGAAGCUACCCGUCGCCACCACGGCGAAAAAUUCCCUUCUGUCCAACGCCGAGGAGGCAGACAGCUCUACAUGUGAUGCAGCAGAAGAAGAGGGAGGUGCGGACGGUGCCAAGAAAAAUGAGAAGGCCCCGGACUCGAGUAAAGAUGGCAAAGUCGGCGAGGUUCGGGAAAACGGGCUGCCCCCUUCAGAAGGGGAGAGAGAUCGUGACUCUGUAAAAAACGGCGCUCCUAACUGUGAUAAAUCCACGCCACGGCAAACUAGCGGCACAUCAUCUCCUGCCACACCAUCCGAGAAUAACCACCAGAAAUGCCAUAAUAAUAAUUCUAGCGACACACAGGAGAACAGCGGUUCACCGCAAGGCCCAGUACAGCAGAAUUCAAAGUCACCUCCACCACCCUCAGGAAAUAACAUGAAGUGCUCCGAUGCAGAUGUCUCCAUGGACACGAGUGACUCUUCUUCAACAGUCAAAUCCAGAAGUUGUGAUAAUUCCAUGAGUAAUUCAAAUACGUCACAGCUCGAAACAAGUGCAAUUGGAAUGGACAGCGGUUAUUCAGAACUUGUCAAAAGUGAAUCCGAGGUGAAAGAGGAAGUCUGCGAUUCGAGCUCGCCCCCGCCGGCGUCCCGGUCUCCUCUCGUGAAGCACGAGGACAGCGUCAAAGUCGAAGCCAGUAAGUGCAAUGGGAGUUCCAGCUGUCCUUCCAGUGAUAAGUGUGAGGAUGUUAAGGUGAAGCAAGAGGCUCGCGAUUCUGAAUGUAACGGUGAAACGGAUGUGAAACCGUCGGAUGGAAAGGACAAAGUGGAGAGUUCGUCGACCGCAAAGUUGGAGAAGGUGAUGAAGGAGCUUGACAACGUGAAGACGGAAGACUGCUGCGGAGGGAAAGAGGUCAAAGAGGAGGCCGAAGCCGGGGCUUCCUCGUCGGACGUCAAAGUAAAAAUGGAGCAGGCAGAAGAGAGUGAAGAGAAAGAAGCGAUGGAAGAGGAGGAAGAAAGCGACGAGGAGGAGGAGAUACCUGAAUUGGGCUCCAUUGAGCUUGUGGCGGAGAGCAUGGAAGAAAUCAAAGCUCUGAUGCAUAAACUGUCGAAUCCUGAGCCAAUCAGGCGUGGGAAGAGGGUGUACCCGGGAACAAUCAAGCCCUGCGAGGUGGAGCUGUUGGACAACGUGAGUCGGUUCCACGAGGAGCUGGUCAAGUACGAGCGCAGUCUGUUCAACGCUCGCGUGCAGGCCCAGGUCAGGCUACGCAAGGAUGUCGAGACCUACGUCGAGCCCAAGAUCGAGGAAGCAAAAGCUUGGGACAGUGAACAUUCUCUGAGCUCGAAAGACUCGAGUGAUGACGAAGAUUCCGACACACAAGAGCCCCCUAGCAAAGCGGAGCCAGUGGAGCCAGCAGAAAGCACCAGGAAGUCGAAGAGGACGAAAGCGAAAGCGUCUGUGGCGGCCACAGCGGCACUGCUCACGUCGGCUGCGACCAAACUCUCCUCAAUCACCGGAGAAGGAACCGAGGACUCUAGCGACAGUUACGAGUUGGACAUCAGCUCGCGAGGUCGGCUCAGAAAACGCAGGAUUAUCCCUAAUAACACGGAGGACACAGGCCUGAAGAAGAGGAAGAAUAAUCUUCUGAACCAGGAGGGUUUAUUGCCGUCCUCCUCCUCCUCCCCCUCCUCCUCCUCCGCGCUGCCUUCGUCUACCGUUGACUCUGCGCCGCCGGCGUCUUCACCCCCGCUAGUGUUGUCGUCAUCUUCGCCGUCGGCCGGGACUGCGGUGGUCACGCUGCCCUCUGUGAUCCAGCGCCAGCCCGGCAAGCCCUGGCCCUCGCACAUCAUCUCCAUGCUCCAGACCAGCACGGCCAACCCGGCCAUCAAGGCCCAGCUGUUGUCCAGCCAGGCGCCACGGCCCGCCAGUCAGGUGGUGCACCUGGUUGCCCCGUCGUCGGACGGCACCAUGAGGGCGCUGCGGGUGGCCGGCAAGCCCAACAUGAUCAUUUCCCCGCAGAGUCUGGCCAACGUCCGCUUCGUGUCCAGCACAGGUGUGGUCAGCGUCCCGCGCAGCAGGGUGGUCAGCUCGUCCUCGGCCCAGUCCUCACACCCGGUCAUACAGCAGCUGCUCCUCAACCAGGGCCGCGCCCAGACCCCUCUGCAGUCCCACAGCACAGCGGCGGUAGGUGGUCAAACGUCCCUGGCUACGGGACGCAGUCUGAUCUCGGCGCCCGUCUCCCACACCCUGGCGGGAAUUUCCGGUGGCGGCGGUGCCGGCGGAAGCAUCACUCUGCAGCCUCAGCCCGGCGGUGCGAAAACAGCGCGGGUGAUGACCACUACCUCUGUCCCCGGUACGACGGCGCCCCCUCUGGCCAGUGCAGUGGUGGUCACUCAGGUGUCCAGUUCCAUCAUGUCGCAGGGCGGCAAGCAAGUGCUGGACCUGGGCAGUCUGUCCGUCUCCCAGAUACAGCAGCUGGUCAAGAAUCAGGCCAUACAGAUCAACACCGGUGCCGGCCAGCCCACCACCUUACUCUUAACCACCGGCCUACAGCAGUUACGGGCAGCAAGCAAAGGGAAUGUCCAGACAGUUCAACCCAACAUGCCUCAAAUCCGGCCCGUUGCCCCUCCGAUGCAGGGCAUCAAGAUCAAAGCCAGCGAUGGGAACGCCUCCUCCUUACUUGCACUCUUCAACAAUGGAGGAGGAGAAAAAGCUCAGAAUCCAGUGGCGGCGUCGGCACAGCCCCAGAUCUUGCUGAACAACAAACUGAACCCGUUGCUGACCAUAUCGCGGCAGGUGGCGCCGCAGGCUGCCGGGAUGAUUCGCAGCUCGACCGGCCUGUUUCAGACAGGGGGUGAUCAGGCGUCUCUCCUGCAAAGUGGCAUGACGCGUCCAGUGAGACCAGGAGCUCUUCAAGGAGUUACAGUACGCGCUGUAGCAGGAAGUGGUGGUGUGGUGGCUCAGAAUCUCGGCGGCACCCUUGGCACAGCCACCGUGCGAAUGUCUGGCGCCGGUCCCGGCUCUCAGCCGCUGGUCCGCAGCGUCACCGUCCCCAUGAACAGCAACAACAACGGCAGCGGUGGUGGUGUCGUCGUCGGCCAUCAUCAGUUGGGGGCGGCCCCGCGCAUCAUCAGCUCCCUCCCUCCCAGCGCGACCAUCAGGACAUCUUUGGGGAACCUGGCGGUCGUCUCUCAGUCCUCCGCCAGAGUCGUGGCCCCCGUCUCCAUCGCGCCCGCCAACUCCUCUUCUUCCGGCGGGCAGCAGCCCCCAAAUGUUGCGGAGAAGCAGAAAGCCAAGAUCAUCACCGUUCCUCUGGCCAACCUCUCUCCCAUCAAGAAAAAGUACGCCAACAACGUCACGGUGAAAGCGCUGCUGGAGAACAGGAGCUCCACCAAAAAACCGACGGAGGAAGGAAUGGAAAAUCUAAACCCAGCCGGUAUUUCCCAGUCACCCACCUCCCCCGACGCGCCCACAGGGAGCGACAAGGACAAUAACAACACAAUGACUGCGGCCUUCGCUUCCUCCUCUUCAGGGAUAUCCGCAGCGGAGAUCAGCGGGAGCGAAGGUGGCUCAUCUUUGAGUGAAAUGCUCGAGUCGAAAGCUGCGUCGGAAAUGUCUGUUGUGAAUGAGAGUAAUUUUGCAGCAGCAAAUGCAGUGGUGGAUGAAAAUGGACAUGGGAAUUCAGGAGGGUCAUCUAUAGAUGAUGCCGAGUUGACUUCUCCCACUGCUAUGAAGGUUUCCGACGAGGAAGGAAGUGUUUUUUCCGACGGUUCGGUGGCUCCCCCUGGUGCUGCCGCCACUGCCUCUCUCAUGGCUUCGGGAGUCAUGAACUCAUCAGUGAGUAGCAGCUCUGCAUGCGGCAAUAUUCCUCUCCGCGAGCCCUUGUCGGUGGACACGGCCAUCCAGCCUCUACUGGCCUCUUCGGUGCAGGUGACCCUGCCCACUGUCAACAUCAAGGUGCCCUCGCCCAACACCCUCCCCUCUCUGAUGCACAACAAGAACAGCACCACCAUUGUACAGUCGACCAAGGUGCCCAUCCCCGCACCCACGCGGGAAGAGCAUGGGGGAAGCCCACUGUCCACGCACGCCCCUGUCAGCCUCAUCGCGCCGUCGCCUUCGUCGUCCAUCGUGUCCCAUAUCAGCAUGCCCCAGAAUAGUAACGGCAACCUCGUUGUCGCGGCGGCCGCGGGCCACACGGGCGUGGUGGUGCCGUCUCCUGUAGCGUCGGAGGUCAAAGUCAUGAACAUGAAUCCCGGCCGUGUGAUCAGCAGCGUGGUGCAGCCCGUGGCAGGAACUGCUCUUCCUCCUCCCGGGGGAGCCCCCGUGGCUCGGAACGUCAUGCUCAAGGUCAUGCCCCAGAGCGGAGGCUCUGGUCAGUUUGUGCAGGGCUUUAUGACCUCGAAAGGUUUCCUCAUCCCCCAGCCAAAUCUGGUGCAGGCGCAACAGCAGCAGCAACAACAGCAAAACAGCGGAGUGAUCUUAGCUUCUGUGUCUCAAGCUGGUGGGCCUUCUGCACAGCUGCAAAUAAACUCGGCGUCUUUAGCUGGAAACAGCGCUGUACAACAACAACAGCAGCAGCAGCAGCAGCACACCGUGCUCAAUGCAGCCGCAGGCACUCAGACACAGCAAGCUGUUGUUUUAGCGCAGCAGCAACAGCAUCAGCAGCAGCAACAGCAAAAUAUCGUUUUGGCAGGACUCCAGAACAUGGGUACCUCGGCCUCGGUCAGGGUGUCUCCCAUGGCCGGCCAGAACACGAACGGUACCGGUGCGGUGAAACUCAUGUUUGUCAACCCAGGCGGGGCUGCCGCGGCCAAAGCGGGAAACGUUUUACCGACGGUCAACAUACAGUCGGCCGCCGCCGUCGGAGCCCAGCUUACCACGAGCACCCCAGCGGCAGAGCUGGUCAAGCAGAUCGCCAACAACACCCAGCAGGCUUCUCAGCCCGGUCUGAACAAGUCGCCCGUGGCGGGGGGCGGGCAGAUCAACAGCAGGCUUUUGCCCACCAUGCAGCUGGUGGGUCGAGGGAUGGUGAAGAACGGAGGGCUCUCCGGGCACACCGGCCUCGGCCUGACCAAUCAGAACACUUCCGUGAACGCGGCCAACGUGGUCUCACCCCAGCUGGCGGCGCAGUUGCUGGCUCUGCAGCAGGGCAACAAGACGGUGCAGCUGCAGCAGUUACAGCAGCAACAACAGCAGCAGCAGCAGCAACAAGCGACGGGCAGCAUUGUUUUGACGGCGAAACCGGGGGCGAACCAGGCCGGCACUUUGCAGGGACAGAACAAGCCCAACGUGGUGACCCUGCAGCUCCAGCAGUUUGGCCAGGUUCUUGGUAACGUCGGGGGCGUGACUCAAUUGCAGAUGGGUGGGGCUGGUGACGGCCAACAGCAACAACAACAACAGCAGCAACAGCAACAAGUGGCCACCCUACAGAAACAGCAGCAGCAGCAUCAGCAAGCCGGACAGCCGACAGCCAAAGUGGUGCAGCAGGGUCAGAUCGUCCAGCUGGCCCUCAACCCACAGUCCAGCCAGGUGGCCCCUCUCAUCGGCAUCAGCCAACAGCAGCCGGCGCAGACGGUUCUGACCACCGGCCCACAGGCCACCCCUCAGGCCAUCCUGGGCCAGUCGGGACCUCGGCUCAUCCAGCUAGCCGGCCAGCUCAGCCCCCAGCUCCAAGGUUUGCCCAACACGGGGCAGAUCCGAACCCCGGGCAGCGUGAUCCUGCAGCCCCAAUCUUCCAUUCUGCAAACCUCCACCAUCCUCCGACCUCCGCACCAACAUCAACAGCAGCAGCAGCAGGCGUCUGUUCUCCAGACUCAGGUUGGACUCUCAGCUCAGACGGCUGCCAUGGCGACAAAACCAGCUCUUCCAGGGGGAACAAUCCUUCAAGGCGCGGCCAGACCGCCGCAUCAAGGUGCCAAUCAGGCGGGAGUGGUGUCUCCAUCGGAUCAGGCGUCGGCACUUCUUAAAUCAGCCGCCAUGUCUAUGGUGUCCAGCAAUGUGACGCAGUCGCAGAUUCAGUUUGUGCUCAAGCCGAAUUUCGCGGCCGCCUCUGGUGCCAGUAAUGUGGCCUCUGUCACCAGCUCUCGCGUGCAGCCCUUGCAGAAACUGAACCCCACGCUUGUGUCUCCGGUGAAAGCCGGGACCACCACCCAGUUAAUGAGACUGGCGGCCAAUCAGCAGCAGAUGGCUCUAGCUCCGCCCAACCAGAAUCUAGCGAAGGUUCCGUCUAUGUCCAUCGCCAACUCGAACUAUGUUUUGACGAACCCCGGUAGCUCCGCUGUGUCGGUGGAGAAUCCCUCCGGCUCUCAGGUGAUCAUUCCCAACGCUGCUACAGGUCAAGUUCUACUGUCUCCGAUAAAAUUCUCUCCGCAAAACGUUCGGGCUAACAUCAUAAGUCCCAUCAAGUUUGUGAACCCAGUGUCCUCGUUAGCAGCAUCCGGUCCCAUCGCUGUACAGCCAUCCAGUCAACAAGUGAUGAACACGCUGCAAGGAGGACAGCUCACUAGCCCCAAUCAGCUCACCAACCAGAUGAAACCGACGGUCAUCUACGCUGGUCAGCCUGGCUCCAGCGGACAGGAUUCACACCCCGACGGCGGUAAAGUGGCUCAAAUUCUCCUCAGUCAGCCUCUGGCGAGUGUGGGUGUCAAAGCCCAGCAGGUGGUACAGCCAGGGCAGCAGGUGUCGCUACCGGUGUCCAGUGGCUCAGGGCCGGUCACCGACUGGGUCAAGAAGCAGCCGCUGGUGUACAAGAUCGGAGAGCCGUAUCUUUCGUCCGGUGUCAAACUCCCUGCUCCCGGCGGACAGUCCAGCGGUGUGCCUCCGUCAAUGUCACCCGAUGCCGCAAGCCACGCAGACGUCAAACUGUUGGUGCCCCCAGCUGCCAUCGAAGCUUCGGACAUCAUGGCGAAACAGGAAGCCAAAACGCUGGUCCCCUCAGCGGCUCAGAACUCGGUGAAUCAGCCAGGACUUGGUGCGGGAAGCGCGCAGAAGCCCGCGCCGACUGCGACCCCUCAGCAAAAUUCCAGCACUGUGAACGGCGUGCACAAUAACAAUGCCCAGUUCUCUUUCUCCCUGACCGGGCCGAGCGUUGUCAAUUCGGUGAUGAAGCAGAAUUCUUCCAAGAGCGUGGCCGCCGUGAACGGGCAGCUCGCGGGUGGAGGCGGCAGCGGUUCCGGUGCACAGGCCAAUGGUGUACCGUCGUCGUCGUCGUCGGACAAGGUGGGCGCUCGCCGGAACACGUUCAGUGCCGGCCAGGGUGUGUCCCCUCCUAAAGGCAACGGAGUACAGCGGCACCUGUCUGUGGACGAUGGGUCUCUGACUUCAGAGCAGAUGGACGAAAAAGAGGCAGCCUUAAAUUUGCUCACAUUUGCAAACCAGAGCAUAUGAGCGGGUAGCUCACAGACAUAAUUGACUCUCUUCCCUCCCUCCUUUCUUUCUGUCUGUCUGUCUCUCUUUAUUUCUUUUCUAUACAGCAGUAUCAGCUUUUUCGUGUACCUGACAGAGCAGUUACCUCUGCGACAUCGUUUCUUUGAUUGAAUUAUAUGACUGUUAAAUUACAGAGGUAGCGUGGAGAAGUGUGUGUGUGCAGAAACAGCAAAAGUGAUUUUUGUUCCUGUCCUGUAAAAAAAUUGUGUGAUUUACAGGGCUUUGUUGGAAAUGUGCCGUUGAGAAGUUCUGCCAGAUUAUUGUGAUGUGUAGAUGGCUUGUUGUUAUACAUUCUCAGUUUGUGUGCCCUUCCGUCUGUGCUUUGAAUAAGGUUGAUGCUGUUUGAAAUUGGAUAAUCAGAAAAUUUUGAUUUGGGAGGAAGAAGGUUACUGGUGUACAGACUGACACCAACGAGACUUUAAAGAAGUGUUCGCUGCUUCCUGAACUACUGAUGAUGCAGCGCUUGUUCGCUGAGAAAAUUUGCUUUGAUAAGUCCCCCAAUAUGUUAAAAAAUUUUUCAUCAAAUUUUUGUUGUUGAAAUCUUUGGCCUUCCUGAUACUUUUGUGCUGCUUACUGAUGUCCAUGUCCAUGUCCCGCGGUGAGACUCGGUUGUGAGUAGCUUUGUCGACUGAGGGUUUCACCGAGAGUAGAGGGGGGAAUUAUAUGGGCUGUAGAUGUUGAAGGAGUUUGUUGUUGUCCCUCGAAACGGAUUUUGGACGGAUAAAUUUGUGAAAUUGGCCCUUGACAGUAUGCCGCAAUCAGAUCAUAUUAUCAACUGUUGAGUGUAGGUCUCCGUCAUAUGUCACUUUUCAAAGUGGCGUAGGGCAGAGUCUUAUACAAAGCAGUCCAUCAUGUGAAUAUGUAUUCAGAGUAGUUUUGAAAGAGCCUGUUGUAAGAUUUUGAUCAGGGGGAGAAUUUUUUGUGUUUUUUGGAUGUGUGCUUCUGAGUGUAGAUAUGUUAAAAUAAUGUAACUUUUCAAGGUGACCUCUUCAAAAUUCGGGACGUGACUACUUUUACCAAGUAGAUACAACGGUUCUGAAAUUUGACAGGUCUUUUGUUUUCUUUUCACAAGCAAAAUUAUUUGUUUGAAAUUAGCAAGGGAUAGAUAGCCUUCACAGAGAUCCUUUUUAGCUGCUCUGCUGUUAUUUUUUUAGCGUCUCAUACAAAUAGCCCACUGUUGUCUACAAAACCAUGUGACUGGCAGCAGUACUUGAAUAAUGAGGUGUUUCAAAACCAGCAUUUGCCCUGAGACAGAGUUGUACCCCCCCCCCCCAUCCCCCAAUCCUGUUUAACUUUUUAUCCCCGAGGGGGGUAAACCCUCUACGCUGCGGCCCCUCUUUGGUGCUAAAUGUAAAAAUGACAACAGGUCAUUAAAUCGAAACUAGCAAACCUAUUUUGAUAGUUCUUCAUCUAAUGAAUGAACUUCUGGUAUAAGAGACCUGUAUUUGGCAAUUGCUGAAAAGUAAUUUGACGUUGAAGUCGUCGUAAAGGAAUGUGGUUCGGACUGCGAGCAGCUGGGAGCGACUUGCUGGAGAUAAAGAGUUAAAAACAAAAAUUACUGAGCCCCAAUAUUUUUUCAGCAGCAUAACUUGUAGUCCGUGAGUUUUUGAGGUGCUGUUUUGUUGUAAUCUCUCCUUUUGAUCCGUCUAAGCCGUCUAUAAGUUUCCCCUUUUUACAAAUAUAACAACCCAAGAUACAGACAAUCUGAAGCUUAGAUCGUUGUUGUUUGUGGUGAUUUAAAAAGUAACUUUUUUUGGGGGGGGGGGGGGGGGGGGUUGGCCUUUUACCAGAAUAUUUCAAUCUAAAGAUUUUCUCCCAUUAUCUUGAGCCAAAACUGAGCUUAGAGUUCUGGAUCCUGUCAGUAUCAUGUUCUUUAUAACCCUCUUGUCAUCUUCUCCAAGCUUGCGUUUCCCGAUUGACCCGAUUGGAAUACUGAAAAAAUGUUAAUUUUUGGGCUUCUUUGAGUUUUUCAGCACCGAAACUGAAUAUAUUUUUCUCAGUGUAGCAUCAUAAAGAGUUUUAAUUGUAACUCUUUGGAAAUUUUUAACGCCACUGCUCGAGAAGCUUGUUUUGUUUCUGGACCAAUAGCUGUACUACUAUAUCAUACUCUUUGCAUAGAGCGAUGAAACUGGGGGGGGGGGGGGGGGGGGGGGAGAGCUGUCUGUCAAUCAAUAAAGUGUACAUCUCAUAUUUGCAACAACAGUUUAGUCUACAUUUUGCCCCUUUGAUAAGUGUGGUCUGGUUGUCCUUGUAAA